AUGUGCGGAAUAUUGGCAUUGCUACUCGCAGACUCUACCGCCUCAGCGAGUUAUGAAUUAUUCGAAGGUUUACAAUUAUUACAACACAGGGGACAGGAUGCGGCUGGAAUUGUUACGUGUGGACAAAAAGGUCGUCUUUAUCAGUGUAAAGGGAACGGCAUGGUUAGAGAUGUUUUUAAUCGUGAACACCUAGAAAAUUUGGUUGGAAGUCUAGGCGUUGGUCACGUUCGCUAUCCCACGGCUGGUAGUUCUUCUCAUUCCGAAGCACAACCAUUUUAUGUGAACAGUCCUUAUGGAAUAGUGUUUGCCCACAAUGGAAACCUUAUCAACGCAGUCGAAUUAAAGAAUCUCCUUGAUUUUAGGGCUCAUCGCCACAUAAAUACGGAUUCAGAUUCAGAACUUUUAUUAAACAUAUUUGCUGACAAUUUACAAAUGAUCAAUAAACCAAGAAUUAAUGAGGAAGAUAUUUUUACUGCGAUAAGAGGCAUCUACGAAAAGUGUAUAGGCGGUUAUGCGUGUGUAGCAAUGAUCGCAGGAUUUGGCAUUAUUGGAUUUCGUGAUUCGCAUGGGAUACGACCUAUAUGCUACGGCACGCGGAAAAGUCCUGCUGGUGUUGACUAUAUGUUCUCAUCCGAGAGUGUUGUGUUGGAUGCUUCAGGAUUCUCAGAUAUCAAGGACAUAAACCCUGGUGAGGCCGUUAUAAUUACUAAGACGGAUAUGACAAAACGACAGCUAUUACAAGAAGGAAAUUUUACCCCUUGUAUAUUCGAAUACGUUUAUUUUGCGCGUCCCGAUUCUGUUAUCGAUGGAAUCUCUGUGUAUCGCUCAAGAUUAGAAAUGGGCGAGCAUUUAGCCGACCAAGUAAUCAAAAAGUGUGGUGAUAAUAUGGACAUUGAUGUCGUCAUUCCGGUACCUGACACAAGUCGUGUAGCAGCUCUCCAAACGUCUUAUAAAUUGAAGAUUUCCUAUCGUGAAGGAUUCAUCAAGAAUCGUUACGUAGGUCGUACCUUCAUAAUGCCCGGACAAAAGAUGCGUCGAGAAAAUGUGAGGCGAAAAUUGAACGCCAUGGCCCUGGAGUUUGCUGGCAAGAACGUGUUAAUAGUUGAUGAUUCAAUUGUAAGGGGCACAACUUCCAAAGAAAUUGUGCAGAUGGCACGUGAUGCAGGCGCAAAGAAAGCGGGAUCUCAUUGUUUUCUGUCGGGAAACAAAUUUUACAGAUUUCCCAACGUUUAUGGCAUUGAUAUGCCGUCCCGCAGAGAGCUUAUAGCAUUCAAUCGUGACGAAGAUUUGGUUGCAAAAGAGAUUGGUGCCGAUAUGGUGAUAUAUCAGAAUCUCGAGGAUCUGAUUACCUCAUGCCAAAAGUUCAAUCCGAAAAUUAAAUCCUUCGAUUGUUCUGUAUUUGAUGGGCAUUAUGUUACUGGUGGAAUCACCAAUGAAUAUUUGAGUCAUUUAGAAAAUGUACGUAAUGAUUUGGCAAAAUCAUCAAGAGAAAACUUGCAUUCACCAGAGACCAUCGGUCUACAUAAUAAUUUUCGUCCUCACAAUUUUGAAAAAAUAAAUGGUAAUGGUGUCGAAAGAUUUGAAGAGUUGGGGUGUGUCAAGUUUGAUAGUAGUGAAGUAGUGAUGGAGUUGGCGGGUUCUGUAAUGAUUAUGUUGUUAUUAUAA